AUGACAGGUGGUCUUGGCACUCCGGCUGGCAACUCUGCGCCCAGAAAUUAUCCGCUCUUCUCUCAUAAACGUCCACCUACGGACAGCGGUCUGCAGGGCCGCAAGCCGCUCAUUUCGACCACCCACGUGGCUCCGCCAGGCCAACCCAAGCUCGGUACGGGACCUCCAUUCAAAAUCAUGGGAGACGACACCGAUACUAAUUGGGACCAAAAAAUUAUCCAGAAAUCAAAAGCUCUUCCUUCCACUCUCCGCCGCCUUCACUCCUCCCUCGCUCCGCUCUUUCUCCGACCACUCCCCUCCGCCCCCCAGCAUUGCGUCCGCAACCCCCAACCAUCCCCGCCCACUACAACCCACUUCAGCACUUCCACGCCCUCCUCAGAGAACCCCAACGAUGUCUACACGAGUCCAUACAAAGCCAAACGCCUCUGGCCCCCGGACAUGUCCAAAUUAUCGUCAAAGCAGCAGUUCCGGCUGGAGCGGAAAUACCGGCGGCGCGCCAAGUUGAAGUGGGCAAGGCCGACGUGGAAGAAGUGGACAAAGCUGGUACAGUGGACGUCAAUUGGAUUCGUUUUGAUCUAUUCGGAUUUCUUUAUGGAGUUGAAAGACGGGGGAGUUAAUCCGUUCAUACGCGAAUUUGGUUAUAUCCUCUUUGUGAGGUCUAGAAGAACGUCCGUUUUUAUGACCGUGUUUCGCGUACUAAUCCCACGAACGGGAGAGUUGCAAUGA